GUCAUAUGUCACACAAAAUACAUCAGCUUCACGUGUGUUUAUUGGAAGUUGGGUUAUGUGUACAACAAAGUUAAAAAAGUAAAAUAUCUAUUGUAAAAUGAUAAAAACGCUAAAGAAAUAUGAUACCAUCAUAAGGACUAUCGAAGAGGACGAAGAAGUGGAGGAUUUGUCUGAAAAUAGUGAUGAAGAAGUCGAGUUCCAACCAUCUAAACAAAAAACUAGAAGCAAAGAUGACUUUGACACAGAUUUUAACUUUGUCAGCUCAACUGAGGAAUAUAACAAAGAUACAUGGAAUGAUCUCACUAAAUAUAUCAAGAGAAAAGCAAAACAGAAAACUGAUGACAAAAUCAAAAAGGCUAGAGGUCCUCAGAUCGCAGAAGAACCUGCAGAUAUGGGUGAAACUACCAAUGAUGCUGUAGAGUCUGAUAUAUCUUUAUCAGAUGAUGAACUGAAACCUGAUAAAAUAAAACACAAGGAAAAAAAGAAAAAGAAAAAAGUUAAUGUGGAGAAUGGAAAUAACAAUGAAACAUUUUUUGAGGAUGUUGAAUUGAGUGUGGAAGAUAAUAUUAGUUUCUAUCAAAUGAAUUUGUCUAGGCCUCUACUAAAAGCUAUUGCUGAAAUGAAAUUUGUACAUCCCACGCCUAUUCAGUCUGCUACUAUCCCAGUGGCAUUAUUAGGUAGAGAUAUAUGUGGUUGUGCUGCAACGGGUACAGGAAAAACAGGCGCUUACAUGUUACCAACUCUAGAACGACUUCUUUACAGGCCAUCUGAUGGCACUCCAUUAAUAAGAGUGUUAGUCCUAGUACCAACUAGGGAAUUGGGUGUUCAAGUAUACCAAGUAACUAAGCAAAUAUGUCAAUUUACUGACAUACAGGUUGGCUUAGCUGUGGGAGGUCUCGACCUUAAAACCCAAGAAAAUAUUUUGAGAAAAAGUCCCGACAUAGUUAUAGCAACACCUGGUAGAUUAAUAGAUCAUUUAAAGAGUACCCCGACCUUCAGUUUGGAUUCGAUAGAAGUACUUAUUUUAGAUGAAGCGGAUCGUAUGUUGGACGAAUAUUUUGCUGAACAAAUGAAUGAAAUUAUCAAACAGUGUUCCAGAAAGAGGCAGACGAUGUUGUUUUCUGCCACUAUGACAGAAGAAGUAGAAAGUUUAGCAGCGGUGUCUCUUAGUAAACCCGUUAGAUUAUUCGUCGAUAGCAAUAGAGACGUAGCUUUCAAUUUGAGGCAAGAAUUUAUAAGAAUUAGAUCCGAUAAAGAAACUGAUAGAGAACCGAUACUAGCUGCUCUUGUUUGUAGAACAUUCCGGGAACAUUGUAUGGUGUUUGUUCAAACUAAGAAACAAGCGCACCGUUUGCAUAUACUUUUGGGUCUAUUAGGUCUUAAAGUGGCUGAAUUACAUGGUAAUUUAACGCAGCCACAACGAUUAGAAAAUUUAGAAAGAUUUAAAAAUAAACAAGUUGACGUUUUGAUAGCAACUGACGUAGCUGCUCGAGGUCUUGAUAUUUCAGGAGUUCAAACGGUUAUAAAUUUCGUUAUGCCCGCUACCGUUGAGCAUUAUAUCCAUAGGGUUGGUAGAACUGCUAGAGCAGGAAGGGCGGGUGUAUCCGUAAGUUUGGCUGGAGAAAAGGAAAGAAAAAUGGUGAAAGAGGUGAUCAAACGUGCUAAAAAUCCAGUAAAAAGCAGAGUAAUUCCACCUGAUAUUCUAGAAAAAUAUAGAACAAAAAUUCAAUCGCUAGAAAAUGAAAUAAAUAAAAUUUUACAAGAGGAAUAUCAGGAGAGGUUGUUGAGUAAAACUGAAAAUCAAGCGAAUCGGGCUGAAAAAUUAUUGAAAGGUGAAAAACAGGAAGUACGUCCAUGGUUCCAAACGAAAAAACAACGAAAAGAAGAAAAACAAAAACUUAGUUUGAAAAAUGUGACCGACAAAAAUAAGAUUAAAAAGAAAGGAAAAAACAAAAAUGAUUCUGAAGAUAGAAUAAACAAUGAACUGAAUAAAGUAGCGCUAGUUCAGGCGAGAUUGGCGAAAAGAAAACAAAAACAAAAGAAAAUUAAUACAGUUAGAGAUGAAAGUUUCCAGAGUAAUGGGAACGUGGGGAAAAAAAGGAAAUCUCAUUUUUCCGAUUUGGUAGAUACUUCAAACAAGAAAGUUAAAAAGCUGCGUUACGAAAGUAAUUUCCAACAAAAAAUGAAGAAAAAAGGAAAGGAUAAUAAAACAGGAAAGAAAGGCAAAGUAUUUGGAAAAGCUGCACAAAAAAAGAAACGAUAAUAGAUUAAGAAAAACAAAAUUUGUAUAUUUGUAAUAAAAAUUUUUGUU